AAAAAAAUUUUAUAUAAUAUUCCCCUCACCGUAUAAAUCUAAUUUUUGGAUUUAUUUUUUUUUUUUACUUUUUCCUCCCUCAUAUUUAAUAGUAAAAAAAAUUUUGUAAAUUAUUUUUAACCCUCUCCCCCCUAAUAAAAAUGCAAAUUGGAGCUAACGCCGAAUUCCCUAAUCUAGGAGAAAUUCCAGAAUCUGUCAAAGUUCCGGAAGGGAAUGUCUUCAAAUUCGCCUUAUACGGAAUCGGAGUAUUAGACUAUAAGUAUGAUGCAAGUGACUCUACUUGGAAGAUUUGUAAGGGCGAGACAUUUCUUGUUAACCGUCUUGAAGAUUUUUCUUCUUUUAAUGUAAGCUCAAUCGUGGCUGUAACAUCAAGUUCCGCAUUGGAUAAAUUUGGUAAUCGUCAUAAUGGAGCUUUAAAAUCUGUUAUUCCAGGAGAUACGUCAUUUGCCACUGGUCAAUCUGUGGCUUUCGAAUAUGAUACUAAAUCAAAGAUCGUUCGUUGGUCUUUAGGGAAAAUUACGACCUCUGAAGGAGCAUUUUCCGGUAUUACUUAUACAUUAGGUCAUCAAAGUUCAAAACAUGACCUUUCUGAGGGUUCUCAUCCCGAUGGAUACGUCCGUAGUAUUACCGUCGAAAUUACUACUUGUUUUUAUUGUAAGGAAUAGAUUUAUUCAAUACCAUGUAGCAAAUGUAAAAAUUUACCCUGUCCACACACACAAUUCUUUUUUUUUUUUUAUUAUUUUUGAUACAUAAUAAAUAAAAUAAUUAUUUUAUU